AAAUUGUGUUACAACGUGAGAAAAUGUUGCGCUCUGCGGUCCCACACCAAGCGGCAGACCUGGUUCUCCUGCAGCCGCAGACAUUCACAUGUCGCCCAGCACCGGAGCAGCUGAGUGGGUGUCGGCAGGUGGAGCUCCGCCAUCCCAUUCAAACCUGCAGGAGGGUUCAGGACUACCUCAGAGAAACGCGCUCAGCCACUCACUCCGCACUCGCGCACCGACCUCACUCGCACGUGGACACACGGCGGUGUUCCAGAAGCGCUCGAGCUCCGGUGAGAGUUGAGAGCGCGUCAAGCAGCGCGCGCGCGCACGGUGUUGAACAGCCAGCGGGUCCGGACGGGCUCGUGUCGUCUCAGCUGGAGGAGCUCCCUCUGCUUUUAUCCGCUUCUUUUAUUUGCUUCUUAUUUAAAUUCCGGUUCCUAAAAUGGGGUUCUGACAGCACCAGAGCUGCGGGCGCCGUCUGCUCCUCCUGACCGGAAAAUGAAGCGUCUCUGUCGGAGGCUGGCGGUGGCCGUGGCGGUGCUGGUGUGGCUGGGAGCGCUGGUUUACCUGCUGGUGCUGAGUCGGAGGAAGUUGCCGGAGCUCGGUGCGGGAGCUGGAGCAGCAGCCGGAGGCGGAGAGACGGGGAAUAACCAGAUUUCCGAUGAGGAGUGGGAGGACAUGUUGGAGGGCUUUGAUGAGCGGAGUUACCUGAACGCUCGGCGCUGGAAGCCCGGCGACGAUCCGUACACGUUGUACGCCUUCAACCAGAGAGAGAGCGAACGCAUCCCCAGCGACCGAGCGCUGAGAGACACGCGCCACUACAGGUGCAGCGCUCUUCACUACGACUCAGAUCUUCCUGCAACAUCCAUCAUCAUCACCUUCCACAACGAGGCCAGAUCCACGCUGCUGCGCACCAUCAAGAGUGUGUUGAAUCGAACUCCAGUCCAUCUAAUCCAUGAGAUCAUCCUGGUGGACGACUUCAGCAACAACGAAAGCGACUGCCAGCUUCUCACCAAACUGCCUAAAGUCAAAUGUCUUCGCAACAACAAGAGAGAAGGCCUGAUCCGGUCCAGAGUGCGAGGGGCCGACGCUGCCAGGGCCAAAGUCCUGACCUUCCUGGACAGCCACUGUGAGGUCAACAAAGACUGGCUGCCCCCCCUGCUGCAGAGGAUCAAACAGGACCCGACUCGUGUGGUCAGCCCUGUCAUCGAUAUCAUCAACAUGGACACCUUCGCCUAUGUGGCGGCCUCAGCGGACCUCCGUGGAGGGUUUGACUGGAGUCUCCAUUUUAAGUGGGAGCAGUUAACAGCGGAGCAGAAAGCACGCCGGACCGACCCGACCCAGCCGAUCAAGACGCCAAUCAUCGCAGGCGGGCUCUUUGUGAUCGACAGAUCCUGGUUCAAUCAUCUGGGGAAGUACGACACGGCCAUGGACAUCUGGGGCGGAGAAAACUUUGAGAUCUCGUUCCGGGUCUGGCAGUGUGGCGGCAGUCUGGAGAUCCUGCCCUGCAGCAGAGUGGGUCACGUCUUCAGGAAGAAACACCCGUACGUGUUCCCUGAAGGCAACGCCAACACCUACAUCAAGAACACACGGCGCACAGCGGAGGUGUGGAUGGACGACUUCAGUUUGUUUUACUACUCGGCUCGGCCGGCGGCACGAGGGAAGUCCUACGGAGACAUUCGAGGCAGAGUCGAACUUCGGAAGAAGCUCAAGUGCAAGUCCUUCAAGUGGUACUUGGACAAUGUGUACCCUGAGCUCAAGGUCCCAGACGAUUCGGACUCCCAGUCAGGUGUGAUCCGACAGCGGCAGAACUGCCUGGAGUCCCGUCGGGUCGAGGGCCAGGAGAUGCCUGUCCUCACGCUGGGCCCCUGCGCAGGAGCAGAGGGGGGCCCCACCAGGAGUCAGGAGUGGGUGUACACACACGGGCAGCAGAUCCGUCAGCAGCAGCACUGCCUGUCGCUGUCGACCACCUUCCCUGCAUCGCAGGUCCUCAUGCUGCCCUGCAACAUGGCGGACGGGAAGCAGACAAUCACGCAUGUCAUUACCUGACCACUGGACACCUUGACGGCGUCCCAGAAACCCCUGCAGCAGGGAACCACCUGACAACCAAUAGAUCAGCUGAGGAAGAAGAAGAGGCAAGGGAGAGGAGACACAAGAGGAGGGAUGAGGAAGAGGAGGAGGGAAGAUGGAGAUGAGGGAUGGCAGAAGAUUUUCUCAUUAAACUCACCAACUGUUCCAAUGUGGAAAAUCUGCUCCGGUGUGUUUGUGUUCAUCGCCUCCAGGUUCCUGCGAUGUAAAACCAAACCGGAGGACGCAUGGCUCCAAUCACACUCAGAAAACAUGUUCAUAUUUCCACGUUCUGAUAUCUGACAUGUCGCACAAUAAGAUUCAGCUGUUAUUUCAUCUAAAAGUCAUCCAGGCAGAAAAUGAGAAACAAAAUGAGAGCGACGGUAAAAGGGCGUAAAAACAGAAAAUCAAGAUAGGAGGUGAAAAUAUAAAACAAAGCAGUAAAAUUUAGUCAAAUACACAUAAGGAACCACACUUAUAGUCAAAGUAUUCACACCCCAAAAGCAAGUUUCCCUUUUCCAGCUGCUAAACUAAAACCUGCAAACAAACUAAAAUAAAACAUAUAUUGCUCAACUUUUUAAUAAUCCAUACCUUUUCGCACAGUCAAAUCAUUGUGAGAGAGAAAAUAAUAAUCUUCUACUAUUUUAUUGCCUUUCCUGUUCAGUAUCACUGCAGUCGGCUCAGACUGCCAGGAUAAGAUAUGAAAGGAUCACCUGGAUACAAAUCCAGAUAUGAUUGGCUAAUCAAAACAUCACAACAUUUAUCCAGGUCAAGACUUCCUGAAACAGAAUCACUUUAAGGAACAGAAAACUCAAAACCAAGCUCAUUUUACACUGGAGUAAAUGUUUUAACUUAUUUUUAAUGAAACUUUUUUUGGUUUGCAUUUAUUAUUUAAUGUAUUUUUGUUAUUUUUCUGGGUUUGAGUGGCCCAGUCAAAGCCCAGACAUACCUCUAACUGAGAGUUGAGGUCCUCAGAGUCUCCAUCCAGUUUGACUGAAGCUGAGGAUUUUUCAAAAAUAAAACCUACUAAACUUUGAAUCUCAUGGUGAUGAUGAGACAGAUUGUUGUUAUUUUUAAAGACAGUGAACGCAUCGCUGUGCAUAAAGAGGCUGGAAGUGUGAAAAACAAGCUGCAAAUUAGGAGAGCAGAGAAUUCUGCUUUGAGAUGUGAAUAAUUUAAAAUGAUUUUCUGAGAGUGUUAGAGGUAAAGAAGACAAGAACUAACCAGCAAAACAAAAUGUACAAGAGAUAAAGACAAAAGAUGUGGUGAUGCAGAUGGAAAAGAAUUGAAAAAGAAAAAGAGACGUUGAAUUUUACAUUUGAAAAGAAAGAUACAGCUUGAAGAAAUGAAUAAAACAUGAAAAUAAUGAAACAAGGAAGGAACAAAAGGAGGAUGGAUGGACGUAAGACAAAAAGACAAGAAAGGGAAAGAGAGGAAGGAAUGAAAUAAAGAAGGAAAGAUGGAGAGUAAGAAACAAAGAAAAAAGGAAGGAAACAAGAAAGGAAGUAAGACAGAAUAGGAAACGAGAAUGAAUGAAGGAAGGAGAGUAGGAAACAAAGAAAGACGUAGGGAAGGAUGGACUGUAAGAAACAGAAAAUUAGGAAGGGAGAAAAAUAAUGAUUAUAGAAACAGUUAACGACAAAAGCUCAUUUCUAAACAUAUUUUCUCUUCCAUCUUGCUUGACUUUGUUUGAAAGCAGCCAGAAAGUUGAGGAGAGAAACGAAUCACCUGGAAACGUCUCCAGCAGGACGAGCGUUCUGGUUUCUGUGGUUCUGCUGGAAUAUUUCCAGAUCGUUUCACUACGUUAGCAAAACCAGACUCUACGCUGAACCCUGGAGACGGAGGAUGUUAGGGAGACCUGGGAACUGAUGUUUGGGUCUGCAUGCAUGGAGACACACAGGCAGCUGCAGCACACCUGCAGGAGGCGCUGCUGCGGCAUCACGGUGACACAAACACACCAUCUGAGUUUGUUUUAGCCGUUUCUGUGUGUACUGCAGCCGCGCUGCUGGAGCUCAACUCUGUCAUGUAAAUGAAACAAGUAAACCUUUGUGCUGACACACUGUGUGUGUGUGUGUGUGUGGGCGUGUGUGUGUGUGUGUGUGUGUGUGUGUGGGUGUGUGUGUGUGUCAGAAGGCAGGAAGUAGAGCGAUGAUGGCUAAUUAGAACGACGAUCCGGCAGAGAAACAGCCCAGAGCUGACAGGUGGAGACUGAGGGAAGGAAAAAAUGCAGAGAGAAGCAAAAAAAAAAAAAACAGAAGGAGAGAAAUAAAACAACACAUAAAGACAGAACCAAACAAAGAAGAGAAAACUGGAGUCGUUUUAAAACUGAACUUCCAAAGUAUUCUGCAUAAAAUCUCUCUUCCAUAAAUGAAGCAGCAGCACUUAGUGUCACAUUCAUCUUUAGUAAAUUACACGUCUGCCUGUAAACACGUUUUUACGCUUAAUGGUAGCACAGGUUGUCUCUAAAAAUGUCUCAUGAAUAGAAUGAAGUGUGCAAAAGGGAAGAAUAUUUUAGCACAUUAAUAAACCUUCAGCUAACAAAUCACAACGGCUGUGGAAAUGUCAGAAAGAGAGGCGAGCAGAAGUAGUUUCCACUUUUUAACUCUACCCAGGAAUCGCAUGAAAAAGAUACAAGACCUGACUUUAUACAUUAUACAAAACUUAAACACAAACAUAUGCAAAACAAAAAGAUCUGGAAUAUUAAUCAUUUGUUCCAGACUUCUCAGAAACACUGUGUGAUGUUUUUGCACCAAACAGUCUAAACAGCUUUGACAGAAAAAUGUUUCUGUGAAAAUGACAGAGUAUUAGAGCCAGACUAACAGAUUUUUUUAAAUUGCAAGAAAAACAUUAUAAGAGAGAUUAAAGUCUUGAUAUUAGCAGAAUUCAGACAAUUAAUACAAAUAUGAGGAAAAAAAUCUGUUCAAUGAUAAAAAAGCUUCUGACAGAAAAACCUUUUAUCAGUUCAGUUAGAGAUCAGAAGAGACUUUAGAUUGGGUCAAAGGUCAGUGAUCCUAAGUCCACAUCGCAAAAUCUUUCUUUUAUAAAUAUGUUAUUUUAUAUAUUUGUCAAAAUUGUCACCAUGACAGUAAAAUAUGAGAGAUAAUCUGUGAAAAGGUCGAUCUCCUCCACUUCCUCCCUGAGCUGCUACUGCCGUCUGAGGAAAUGCUCUGCUCCCAACCAAAAGCAACCAAUCAGAGCCAGGAGGCGGGUCUUAGCGCUGUCAAUCAAUCUCACGUACUCACUGGUCCAGUACUAAGUGAGCUAAGUACUGGAGCUAAGGGCGGAGAAACAGUUACUGUUCCAGGAAAAUGUUCUAGCCGCCGCCAUCAGUGGCUAUGCUAACUAGCCUUAGCAUGUUGUGAUGUACAGUACUAGCUGUAGCGUAGCAGAGAGAAAGAGGGGGAGGAAGAGGGCAACACCACAUGGAGGGUGAUUGACAGCACUAAGACUUGGCUCUGAUUGGUUGCUUCUGGUUAGCACUAGAAAGCAGAGGAGCUCCAUGUUUUUACAGGUUAUCAUUUUACAAUCUAUCCCAACAUAGUGACAGUUUCAACAAAUAUGUUAAGAAAUGUCUUUUAUAACAGUUACCUACUGCAGCUGUAAGGAAAAUAAGCUUAUAUACUUUAUUUAAGGAAAAUGUAUCAUCUUCUUUUAAGAGGAUUUUUGAUAUUUUAUAUUAUAUAUGCAGUUUUGUUUAACCACAGUUAGAAUAGCUGUGGUCCCACAGCAGCUAAGAGAAAUCUUAAUCAACAAAUAAAUCAGAAUCACUUUAAAUUCAAACCUUCCUGCAGGAAAGGAGUUAAAGUUCGCUUUUCAUUUUGAAAUCAUCCAAAAUGUUGCUUUUGUAGUCCAUAGACUGUCUGUGAAAUAAAAAAGCUCAGGUAGGAGAGCUGAAUAGUGAAGUGAGCAGAAGCCUCCCUGGAGGAAGGGUCAGGCCUGUGAUGACCUGAGAAUGAUGAGACGCGCUCCCAGCUCCCAGCGGUCGUCUGGAAAAGGAACAAAGUGGCCUGAACUUUACCAGAGCUGCUCUGACUUGCUCAAAGACAGAGUAACGCCACGUGUUCCUCUCAUAUUUGAUGUCAGCUCUGCUGCAGAAGCCGGUAAUGAGGUGAAUACUAAUUGAUUUACUUUUAAUUAUCCCUCCCUCUUUUUUUUCUUUCAAUUACAACCCUCAGCGGCCCGCUGCGGCGCUGCAACGAGCGCCUCGUCCUGCCAGAGUCACAGCAGAGCUGCAGUUAUUUUACUGGACAAAGCGUGCAUGUGUGGGAUUAGGACCCCACAAUGCUGAACCAAUCAGAACAUGUUCAUGCUCCACAUCCUGACAAACUCUGAAAAAUCAAGUAAAGCAUGGAUACGAUUUAAAUUUGUGCUUUAAUAUUCAAAUUUAGAUCUUUCCUUCAUCAAUUCUCCAGUCUGAUUGGCUCUCAGUCUGUUUCCCAGCAGUAGAAAAAUUAUAUAAAUAAUAUAAUAUCCUCCAUUAUUACUAUUUACACCUCCACUGACUUCAAAAUCUAACUUUUAAAUUUCAUGCAGUAGGUCUAAUUCAGCUUCAAACGAAAAGAACAACUCAUAUGUCAUUUAUUUUACGGUGAUACUUUCUGUUUUCUCCCUCAUUAAGCAAUAUAAAAUCAUGAUACUUUAGUGUAAAAUGAUUUUCCCCCUUAGCAUAUGUAAUAUUUCUAGAAAAGAGAUACACAAAAGCAGAUUCACGCUGAUGGAGGGUAGAUUUAGAAGAUACCUCCAUCUAGCGGCCAUUAAGAGUAAUUACAAAUAGAUGUUUACCUAAAUUCACCAAAGACUUUGAGAUUAUAAACUGAAAAAUAUAUAAAUAACAGUUAAACUUUAGCAAGAUAGUUACAGAAUCAGGGCUGACUAAUAAUGAAAGUAAAAGUUUUUCCACACAAUAUGAAGGGAAGUCAACAGAUUGGGAUUGAACAGCUGUGUAGCCGUAAAAAUUUUCAAGAUAAAAGCUCUGAGCUUAAUUUUUUUUUUUUUAUUAAUCAAAUAAAAGUAUUGUUUUCCCUCUUUGUUGCCAAAUUACAUCAUUGUGAAAACAUUUAAUUUCAAGAAGUUCUCACUGAGGAGAGAAACAGCUAGUUAUUAUUAAUUUAAGUCUAUUCUCCACCGUGUCUCAUAAGCGGCGCGGAGAGAAAAUUGGAUAAAAAGGUAAAGGUCACGCCAUCAGUUUGGUUGUAUAUUUAAAACAAAAAAAUAAAGAAGAAUUAUUUAUAAUGACUGAUAUGAAACCCUUAUAUCAUGAUAGAUUUUUAUCAUGGAACGAAUAAGAACUCCUCUAGUGUUUGUUGUUGUGUCUCUGUGAUGGACUGCUGACCUGUCCAGAGCGUCUCCCGCCUCUCGCCCAGUGACAUAUUUGUUGAUUUAUUACAGUAUAUUUUUAUAAGUUACCUAUACUUGUAUAUGGAACCAUUGUAAAUGGUGUUUAUAUUGCAUUCUUUGGUAAGCAGCUGUGAAACAUUUUCUUUGUUUUUAUGCUAAACGUGGUGACAGAACCUUUGUCACAGUCGGAAACGUAUUUUUCUGCAAACGGCUGCAUCGUCUCCGACUCGCUCUGCAGAGCGUGACUGAAGACCUUUUCAGAAACGUUUCAGGCGAAUGCAGCUUUCUGGAUUAAAAACAUCCUCUUUCAAUGCAGCACAGUGUCUGAGUGAGCAGCAAGAAGGUUGAAGAAAGCAAAAAAGAAUAAAAUAU